AUGUCUAUCACCGUCACAGAAACCAAGACAAACACCAAUGGCCAUGCCAAUGGAAUUGAUGGAAUUUCUCUAAGACUCACUGCGCCGGUGAAAACCGUACCACUCAAGUCAUCUGGAGCCCUAGAUGGUUAUGUACGCAAAGAGAUCACCCCGGUGAUAGGUACUGAGUUUCCUGAUGCCAACGUUGCGGACAUGCUGCAUGCUCCCAACGCUGAUGAACUCCUACGCGAUCUAGCCAUAAUGGUCUCUCAGCGCGGAUUCUGCGUCUUCCGUCAUCAGUCCAAUCUAAGCAUUGCUGAUGAGAAGCUGCUGUGCCACCGCCUCGGGCAGCUCACCACGCGCCCAUAUACUUCGAGUCUUUACAUCCACCCCGUCAACCAGAUGGAGCUGGCCGAUGGUUCAGUCGACCCUGAAGUCAUGUCGCCAUCGCGCAACACCAAGAAGAAACUGUACAUCCGCGAAGGUGGCUACUCUAAGGGUAGCGAGCGCAACCAGAGCCGCGCCGAUGGAUGGCACACAGAUGGUAGCUUCGAAAAUGUACCUACUGAUUAUACGCUGCUGCAUAUGGUCAAGGUCCCCGUCGAAGGGUCCGGCGGGGACACCAUGUUUGCCAGCGCGUAUGAGGCGUAUGAUUUACUUAGCCCACCGAUGAAGAAGUUCCUCGAGUCCCUAAACGCUACAUUUAUGCCCUGGGACCACAGGCCCGAGGACAUCAUUAACCACAUGUGGAAAGGCACGCGUGGCGCACCUGAGAACCAAGGGCCAGAGCUAAGGGCUUCUCACCCAUGCGUCCGUACCAACCCCGUUACUGGCUGGAAGUCGCUGUUUGCGUUUGGACAUCACCUGGAGGAGUUUGAGGGCCUGGGUGAUGUCGAGAAUCGCAUGAUGAAGGAGUUCGUGCAGAGACUUGUCACUGAAAACCAUCAGUUGCAGGCGAGAGUGCGCUGGGAGCAGGAUGACCUUGUGAUCUGGGACAACCGAGCCGUGUACCAUAGCGCUACCUAUGACUACGGCGGUAUCACUGGUGGCAAGCGCAUCGGUAACCGGGUCUGCGGAGUCGGGGAGAUCCCCUACUUGGAUCCUCGCUCUUCUGGACGCCGAUAUGCCUUGGGCAUGGACUACCUUGCUUGA